AUGGCUUCACCAUCUCCUCAAAACAGAGUACCGAAGGUAUAUGUUUUUCUCUUCUUUUCCCAUUUAUGUUUUCUACUUUUUUCUUCGAGCCAUGUAGUUUUGGCACAACAAUCGCCUGUUUUUGCCUGUGAUGUUGUGACCAAUCCAUCCUUGGCGAGUUUUGGGUUCUGUAAUACGUCGUUGGGGGUGAGUGACAGAGUUGUAGACCUUGUGAAAAGACUAACAUUGCAAGAGAAGAUAUCGUUCUUGGUGGAUAGUGCAGGGAGUGUGAGCAGACUUGGGAUACCAAAGUAUGAGUGGUGGUCUGAGGCUUUACAUGGAGUUUCUUACGUGGGUCCUGGUACUCAUUUCUCUAAUCUUGUACCUGGAGCUACCAGCUUUCCUCAGGUCAUCCUCACUGCUGCUUCCUUCAACACCUCUCUCUUUGAAGCCAUCGGAAAGGUUGUUUCGACCGAAGCCAGAGCAAUGUACAAUGUGGGAUUGGCAGGAUUGACGUUUUGGUCACCAAAUAUCAACAUAUUUAGAGACCCCAGAUGGGGAAGGGGGCAGGAAACUCCAGGAGAGGACCCUUUACUCUCAAGUAAAUAUGGAUCAGGUUAUGUUAGAGGACUGCAACAAAGAGAUGAUGGCAAUACAGAUAGACUUAAGGUUGCUGCAUGCUGUAAACAUUACACGGCCUAUGAUUUGGAUAACUGGAAAGGGAUUGAUCGUCUCCAUUUCAAUGCUGUGGUGACAAAGCAAGAUCUGGAUGAUACAUUUCAACCACCAUUCAAAAGUUGUGUUAUCGAUGGAAAUGUUGCUAGUGUCAUGUGUUCUUACAACCAGGUUAAUGGUAUACCUACCUGUGCUGACCCAAACCUCCUCUCUGGUGUCAUCAGAGGGGAAUGGAAAUUAAAUGGAUACAUUGUUUCCGAUUGUGAUUCGAUAGACGUAAUCUACAACGACCAACAUUAUACCAAAACACCAGAAGAAGCUGCAGCUAAAGCAUUAUUGGCAGGAUUGGACCUCAACUGUGGAGCUUUCUUGGGGAAACACACUGAAGCAGCAGUAAAAGCAGGACUUGUGAACGAGUCGGCCAUUGAUAGAGCAGUCUCGAACAAUUUUGCCACUUUAAUGCGACUUGGGUUCUUUGAUGGUGAUCCAAGCAAACAACUCUAUGGGAGUUUAGGACCAAAAGAUGUAUGUACAGCAGAGAAUCAGGAGCUGGCCCGUGAAGCUGCCAGGCAAGGGAUCGUGUUGCUUAAGAACACUGUAGGAUCACUGCCUCUAUCUCCCACUGCCAUAAAAAACUUGGCAGUAAUUGGACCAAAUGCCAAUGUCACUAAAACAAUGAUCGGAAACUAUGAAGGUACCCCCUGCAAAUAUACAACCCCUUUACAAGGACUAGCGGCUUCUGUUACAACAACGUAUCUUCCUGGCUGCUCAAACGUAGCAUGCAGCACUGCCCAAGUAGAUGAAGCCAAGAAACUAGCAGCCGCAGCUGAUGCCACGGUGCUUGUAAUGGGUGCCGAUCUAUCUAUAGAAGCAGAGAGUCGUGACAGGGUGGACAUUGUUCUUCCUGGACAGCAGCAGCUUCUGAUAACAGCAGUUGCAAAUGCAUCCACUGGACCUGUAAUUCUUGUUAUAAUGUCUGGAGGGGGCAUGGAUGUAUCAUUCGCAAAAACUAAUGACAAAAUCACAAGUAUCCUAUGGGUUGGCUACCCUGGCGAAGCUGGUGGAGCUGCCAUAGCUGAUGUUAUCUUCGGUUCUUAUAAUCCAAGUGGGAGGCUACCGAUGACAUGGUAUCCGCAAUCAUUCGUAGACAAAGUACCAAUGACAAAUAUGAACAUGAGACCAGACGCUUCCAAUGGCUACCCUGGCAGAACCUACAGGUUCUACACUGGAGAAACUGUUUACUCAUUUGGAGAUGGACUAAGCUAUUCCCAAUUCAACCACGAGCUGAUUCAAGCACCUCAACUAGUGUCUGUUCCUUUAGAGGAAAAUCAUGUUUGUCACUCUUCAGAAUGCGAAUCAGUUGUUGCCAUAGAACAGACCUUGCACAACUCACCACAGAAGCAUUUGGUGGGUUUUGAGAAGGUCUUCUUGAAUGCACAAACAGAUAGACAUGUGAGAUUUAAGGUUGAUGUUUGUGAGGAUUUGAGUGUGGUUGAUGAGCUUGGAAGCAAGAAAGUUGCCUUGGGAGAACACGUUCUCCAUGUUGGAAGCUUGAAACACUCCUUGACUGUGAGGAUUUGA